AUGCGAACUACUGCCCAUGUGAUCAACAAGUUUCCCCAACCAAAGCUCGGAUUCAUCUUACCAUUUGAGAUACUAAGGGACAUGAAACCUACAGUUAGUUACUUCGGAGUAUUUGGUUGUGUUUGCUAUGUAUUUGUGCCUGACCAUCUAGGUAGCAAGUUUGACAAGAAAGCAGUCAAGUAUACAAAUCUGGUUGCCGUGUCUGUCAAGAUAAUGUCUCUUACUGUCUUAACUUUAGGUGUGAUAUUCUUUAUAUAUGGAGUCGUAGCUGAGAACAAGAAGCCUGCAUCUAGAACUCCCAUCCCAGGCAAAGGCACUGUUAUCUGUCAGUAUCCAGCGGACCCAACUGUGGCCCUGGGAUAUCUCUCCGUUGGGUUUCUUCUUGCUUCUUCAACUGCAGGAUACCUCUCUUUGUUCUAUCCUUACCAAGGAAAACCCGUUCCUCGAGGUUCCAUGUUUAAGAGCAGCACUUCCUCUAUCUUCUUCAACAUUGCCCUGCUCACAACUGGGUUGACUAUAACUUUGCUCGUUUGGCCUACAAUCACCGAGAAAAUUCACUUGACUCGCAAUGUUCAUCAGAAUCUCAAGACAGCAUGCCUGACUGCUAAGACUGGUCUUCUGGGUGGUGGUGCAUUUCUAUCCCUGGAUUCUUCUCUCUUCUGGUUGGUUGCCCUGAUGUGGGCUGGAAAUGCUCGAGAGGACUACUUUGAUGAAAUAGAGGAAAACAGAGACAGUGUUGAGGCUCUUAAGAACAGCGCAUGAAAUUUCUUUGUUC